AGCAAAGGAACCGUCCGUCUCGUGUGCGAGCUAGCUGCUUCCACCAUGGCCAAGCUCAGGCUGCUCUUCUCGCUCUCACUCGUCCUCUUCCUGCUCCUCGUUGAGACCACCGCUCCCCAUGGACAAGCCCAGGCUAUCGGUGAGUACAUUGCGGGGGGGGGCUGCUCGUACCGGUGCAGCAAGUCGGGGCGGCCCAAGAUGUGCCUGAGGGCGUGCAACACCUGCUGCCAGCGCUGCGGCUGCGUCCCGCCGGGCACCUCGGGGAACGAGAACGUCUGCCCCUGCUACGCCAACAUGAUCACCAAGAACGGCAAGCACAAGUGCCCAUGAUCGCGCUCGAUCCGCAGCGAUCCCAUAUAUGAUCGAUCACCAGCUUGCCAAGACAACCAUAUACAUAUGACAUGCAUGAUAGCACUAGUAUAGUCUAGCGACCUACUUGUUACCUACGCUUCAGCCAUGUAUCCAUCCAUCGUUUAUGCAUGGCUUCCUACCUGCAGUACCACCACUAUGAAUUAUAUGACACGUGAAAAAGGUCUAUGUCUGUCUGUGUGUGCCGUGUGUUUUCGAUCGUACAUGAAUAAACAUAGUGUU